AUGGCACCGGAUGCAGCAUUCUCGAACCUCAGUGACAAGAACGAAUUUACUAAGUUCACUAGAUUCCUCGCCUAUAAAGGCGUUCAGGUCAUAGUAGAAUCUAGGAAAGGAGUAAAAAUUGAGCUGAGCUGUAAGCCACUAACUUCUGACUCUGAUUGGUUCAAUCUCCAAAUACCAGACUCGCCGGAAGUCAACCAAGCUACCAAAAACGCUCUGCCAUCAGACAGAGUACUGGAAACUAUACGAUCACAGUUGCAUGUUGAAAUAUCAGUGCAAACUGAAGAUGGUGAUGAAAUGGUACUGGAACUGUGGACUUUGGGACUUGAUGAGACACAAUUUGAUACUUCUCUCAAAGCAAUGAACACUGUUUAUUUCCGAAUGGGCAUACUUUUAAAGUCCUUGAUAACUAUCACAAGGAUAACGCCAGCAUAUCAUUUAUCACGAAAACAACAAAUGGAAUCUUUCACUAUAUUCUACAGGGUAUAUAAUGGAGAACCUAAAGUUAAAUCAUUAGGAGAUUCUGUCAAAAACAUCCAAGCUGGAACUCUUAAAACUCCUCUAGGAGGCCUAUGUUUUUCCGUUGCUUACAGAACCAACUUCUCAAUAUCACCUAAUCGAACAGAUAAGAGUAAGACCUUACUUUUAAAGAGUGAUCACUUUGAAUUGAGUCCUAAGCACGUAAUAUUUGAGUGCAAAAAGAAAAAAGAACAGAAAGACAAAGAAUACAAACCAUUAAAACAAGUGGAUCUGAAUAAACCAUUACGGCUAGCUGCUUUUGUUGAUGAAGAAGUCAUUCAGAGAGCUAUAGAGGAAUUCUUUAAAAAGAUACCUAUCCCCAGGUGUAGGCAGAGGGAGAUGCCCAGAGUCAAAACGCCCCUUAAAGAAUACCCCGUAGAAUCAAAGAGCACACAGGAUUUGGACACAACUAUUCUCUCAAAGAGUCCAACAUCUUUUGAGAUGCCUCCUAGAAAAUUUGCCGGUUUUAGAAGCGAAACUGAACCCCCAUUGAAAUUGCUUCAAUUUCCUUUCGCUGACAACCACCCUAUUAGAGAUUUAGCGGAAUUUUACAAAGAUUUCUUUAAUGCUCCUCACUUGAAGUUAGCUGACGAAUUGGCCUUUAUUAAGAGCUCUGAGUCAGUUAAGGAAAAUAUUGAAAACAAUGAUGAUUUAUCUAAAGACUUGGAACUGUAUGAGAGUUCCGUGCAAGAGUUUGACGAUCUUUUAGCUGAGAUGUGUCGUUCGGCAGAAUGGAGUGGAAACUAGGGAACAUUGGUGAUGGGACUGACGGGAAAAGACUGAUAAAGAAUGGUUACUAUAAAGGUUUUAAUGUUAAGCCAUGUAUAACUUACUUGUUGUGAAUAACAAGGUAGCAAAAAUAAUGAGUGUGUAACAGUUGCAGGCUGCUGUAAAAGUUUUAUUAAAAGUAAUUUCAAUUCAAGAACUGCAUUUGUUUGUUACGACAUGAAAUAGAAAAAAGUUCGAAUAUGUCUAGUGUUUUUAGGGUUCCGUACCCAAAGAGUAAAAACGGGACCCUAUUACUAAGACUGCUGUCCAUCUGUCUGUCACCAGGCUGUAUAGCUGUCUGUCACCAGGUGAUAGCUAGACAGUUGAAAUUUUCACAGAUGAAGUAUUUCUGUUGCCGCUAUAACAACAAAUACUAAAAAGUACGGAACCCUCGGUGGGAGAGGUUUUUUUUGCUAAUUUUAAUUCACUUAAUAAAUAUGGGCAAACUGACCGGCUGUUACACUCUUAUGUUUUAGACACCUUCGAAUUUCAUAUAAUGUAGUAUACUGGUAACUUUUUAUGUAAAUAAUGAAUUAUAUACUGGUUUACUGCUACAGUUAAAAGUUAUUAUUAUAUCAAUAUGUAAAUUAGAUUGCAGUCAUUUUGUAGUAAAUACUUGUUGUCCUAUUUUAAUUGCUGGCCAUUGUAAUUCCAACAAAUGUUAUUUUUAUACCUAGCACUUUUUCUAGCAAAAACAAGGGAUUGACAACGGAAGAUAAAUAAAUAUAAGAAAAUGAUAAUGAGUUACCCAAGUUAUACCUAAGUACCUAACACACAAAAAGGUUUUGAUAUUUCAUUUUAUCAAUUGCUCUUUGUUUGCUAGAAAAAGUUCUAUAAGUAUAGUUAUUUUAUAAUGAAACCAUUUUUAUAAUACUUAGUCGUCCGCUAUAUACCAUUUGCUUCGUGUACAGUACAUAAAUGAGGGCUACCGUUUUUGUGCUCACCAGUUGGCGCCACUGUAGAUUUAGGUUCAGAAAAACAUCUCAAAAUUCUUCUAUGCUUAUUUUUAUAAAAUCAAUACGUUCUAAUAUACACAAAUGUAUUUUAACGUCUAAAUAUGUUAUUUUUCAACCUGUUUAAUUUUGCAUAUAUUUUAGUUGACACUUUUUUUAAACCACUAACAUUUAUUGAACCAUAUCUAUUGUUUACUAUAAUUAAUCAAAGAUGGACAAAGAUUUACCACUAUUAUGAAUAAGGAGUGAAAAUUCCCGAUAAAAAAGUUUGAAACCCCCCAAACUUCUAUGCAUUUGGCAUUUUGAAAGACCUCCAUCUACACUAGCGCCCCUAGCGGCGAUAUUAAACGCGGUAGCCCUCAUUAGAGAAAUUUUGACCUUGAAAAUCGCACCAUUUAAUCGUGGUGAACCUUAAGUAAAAUGUAUGCGGUUUUUAGUAAUAAAAAAUGCUUUUACCGGUGUUAUUACAACUUAUUUUUCUUUACUUAAAACUUACCAUGUAAGAUAUUCAUAAGUUUUGCAACACAAACCUACUUGGAUAGUUGCCCAAUCAUUCAUAAGCUUUUUUGUGAUCCACCUUGAGCUUUGGUGACCAACAAUAGAAUCACAUAACAAAAAUUGCGGUAAGGUGGAUCUUUCCUGAUCUUUAUAAAUAUACAAUAUCAAUUAAAAAUGAGAUGUGGGUCUGUAAUGUAAUUCUAUUACUUGACUUUCUUUCGUUUUGGUGUAAUUUUUAAUACAUGUACCUACAGUGAGCUGCGAAAUUGCAUGCAGAAAUUAUGAAUGAAUUAAUUGAUGUCGCCAAGCACUUUUGCGGCUGAUUGUACAUACCAUACAUGAAAUAAACCAAUGCUAUGUGAAAUGUAAUUAGUUUUGCAAGUACAAAUAGUUGAUUACAAUAUUAACAGGUAAGUUAUUUUAAUUUUGAUUUCGUUCAUAGAAAAUAUAAACAUUUGGCUCUUAUGCCUUAAUAAUAAAAUUCUAUUGAAA